UAUCAUUCAUUGAUACCCCAGGUCUACUGCCGCCUUCAACGAGCAAUUUCAGAAGAAAUAAGACUAUUUUGCACUCUGUGAAGCGGUUUAUUAGAAAAUAUCCACCGGACAUUGUUUUAUUUUUUGAACGGCUUGACCUCCUGAAUGCGGGGGUAUAAUGAUUUUCCCCAUUUGAAGCUUAUAACAGAAGUCUUUGGUUCUGCAAUUUGGUUCAACACCAUCCUUGUCAUGACUCAUUCUUCUUCAGCUCUUCCUGAAGGGACCAAUGGAUAUCCUGUCAGUUAUGAAUCUUAUGUGACUCAGUGCACUGAUCUGAUGCAACAUUAUAUUCAUCAGGCAGUUUCAGAUUCAAAACUUGAAAAUCCCAUAAUUCUUGUGGAGAAUCAUCCUCAAUGUAAAACAGAUAUCACUGGUGAGAAAAUUCUUCCAAAUGGACAGGUUUGGAGAUCACAGUUCUUGUUGUUAUGCAUAUGUACUAAAGUUUUGGGGGAUGUUAAUGCUAUCUUGGAAUUCCAAGACAGUAUUGAAUUGGGGCCACCUAAUCGAUCAAGACUGCCUUCUCUACCCCAUCUUCUCUCAUCAUUCUUACGUCAUCGUACUGUAAUGGGCCCUAAUGGAGCUGAUAAUGAAGCUGAUCAGAUUGCUUUUUCAGACACAGAGGAAGAAGAUGAGUAUGAUCAGUUACCUCCUAUUCGGAUUCUGACAAAAUCUCAGUUUGAGAAAUUGACUAACUUGCAGAAAAAGGAUUAUCUUGAUGAGCUGGAGUACCGGGAGACUCUUUACAUGAAGAAACUGCUGAAAGAAGAGUAUCGCAAGCGGAGAGACAUGAAGGUUCUAGAAGAUGGGAAUUUGGCCAGUGACGAUAAUUCUGAUAAUCGGGAGCCUCCAGAGGCUGUUCAACUACCAGAUAUGACUGUACCUCCAAGUUUCGACUCAGAUUGUCCUGUACAUAGGUAUCGUUGUCUUGUUAGGGGUGAACAAUGGCUCACAAGACCUGUUCUUGAUCCACAUGGAUGGGAUCAUGAUGUGGGGUUUGACGGCAUAAACCUGGAGACAGCUGUGGAAAUGAAGAAGAAUGUCAUUGCCUGUGUCACAGGGCAAAUGAGCAAGAACAAGGAAGAUUUCAGUAUUCAAUCAGAAUGUACCGCAGUUUAUGUGGAUCCCAGAGGACCCAGUUACAGUAUCGGUCUUGAUGUUCAGUCUGCUGCUAAAGAUUUAAUCUAUACAGCUCACAGCGGUGCAAAACUGAGGUUUUUGAAGCACAAUGUCGCUGAGUGUGGGGUUUCUGUGGCAUCCUUUAGGAACAAGUAUUAUGUUGGUGCUAAGCUUGAAGACAGUAUCUCAAUGGGGAAGAGACUCCAGUUAAUGAUGAAUGCUGGUUGCAUGGGGGGUCAUCAACAAGUAGCCUACGGUGGGAGUUUAGAAGCUACUUUAAGGGGUAGAGACUACCCUGUGAGAAAUGACAGUACAACUUUGACAAUGACGGUCCUCUCAUUUAACAAAGAGACAGUGUUGGGUGCAAAUGUUCAGUCUGAAUUCCGAUUAACUCGGGGAACAAGAAUGGCAGUUGCUGCCAAUUUAAACACCCGGAAAAUGGGUCAGGUUAGUCUAAAGACAACUAGUUCUGACCAUUUAGAAAUAUCCCUCAUCGCUAUUGCCUCAAUUUUCAGGGCCUUGUUACGGAGAAGGGCCAUAGAUGGCAUCGAAACACUGGAGGCAGGGUAAAUUAGCUUGGCCUUUAGUUGCCGAUGGAGAACUUUGACAGCAAUGCAUGCUGUCUUGUAUUCCUCCCUGCCUCCGAAAAGAAACGGGUACGGUGUUUCCAGAAAGUUCGUUAGAUGCCCAUUUGGUUGCUUUUGUUGCAAAAGAAGAGGGCAUUCGUAUUUAUCCUUCGGACAUUUUUGAUGAUGCUUGUAAGCUCUAGUAGUACAAGCAACCUCAAGAUUGUGAUAGCAACAAUUGUUGUUGUGGCUGGUGGUGGCCAAAGAGGUUUGUUUCUAGCAUGUACGAUGAGGUGAUCAACUGUAUAGCAAAUCAUGGGAGAGUAGUCUUGAUUAGUUUUAUCGUUCUAGUAUUUGAUUAGGUUGAAGAAAUUGUGGGCGGCCAGUUCCAUUUUUGUGUCCCAGAUACUCUAGUAUUACUUGCAAUCAGAAUGUCUUUUCUUUGA